AUGGCAGCACAGAUAAACUGUACCGUACCUAAAUACAUGAUGGAAUAUCUCAAGAAACAAUCACCUGGAAGAACACUACUUACAGGGACAAGCUCUAAAGAAUCGAACAACAGAAGCAGCAUGACUACCAUUCAACGGGAUCAGGCAACCCAUUUUACAUAUGAACAGGGUCAAAGGAUGUCAUUUGCUAUGCUGUGUCAAAAGAAGCUGGAUUUGGAGAUUGAGGUACCUAUUAAUCUAUUAAUCUAUUGGAAACUACGAAACAUUGACGUGGGGUUAUUACAAGCGAGGGAUACAGUGAUCACAUUGGCGCAAAUAACUCGCUUUGCAAAUGAUUGGUGUUGCAUGUAUUGUCCUGAAUGCAACAAGGAAUCUGAGGAAACACGCAACGGCGGACACUGUCCGGAGUGCUUAAAAUACAAUUAUUCAAUCCCGAUAUUGCGUUUGACAAUGAUGGUGAAUGAUGGACCAGAAUCAACAAUAUUCCGAGCAAAAGGUGAUGUGGCAGAGGAAUUGUUGGGACGUAAGGCGGAUUACUUGAUGCACUUGAAAGAGGAGUACGUAGUGCAGCAUGUGUUCAAGGUUCUGUACGAGGUCCUGCAUUGCCAGAUUGUAUUCCAGGUGCAGAUAGGAAUAUAAGGAGGUAAUAGGGACAACACUUUUGAAGUUACAAAAGCGUUCAUCAAGAGAAACUGCUGGGCACAAUUAUAUGUUGAAGAUUUAAUGACAGAGGUUAGCAUAACGUAAUGGGUACAGAUUUCAAACAUGCAUUCUAAUGAGUGUUAUGAAAAUAACAGGAACAACAUGCCAGCUGAUUUUUUUUCCUUAUCCGUUUGAUUACCAAAAAAACUAUUUGGAUGCAUUAAAAUCCUAUUCUCAGCCUAUUUGGAGGAUCCGCAACUUGACAAAACCAGAGCAGACGACUGAAAUGAAAGGUUUAUCAUAUGUGAUGGGGAAAUAUGGUAUCAAAGAGGAGCACGGGGAGACUUUAAUGGAGGAUAUCGAUUAGUUGAGUUCAAUGAGAAGGGAGUUGCUGACAAAUAAAACAAUACUAGAAAUCGUCAAUCAUGUUUAUUUAUGUGUAUGCAUUUGUUUUACUGUAUUUCCCUUUCUGCAUUUGGUACGCAUGUUUCUGUUCCUGCAUUCUGUUGAGGUGUAGCUCAUUUUUCUACGUGUUAAUUUUAGUAUCUUUUAUCUAUGUUAACGUGCUGAUAUGAUAUGAUAAGAUUUAUU